CUGUCCACUUAUCCACCCCUCCCCCUUGAAACACCUUAUCCAAAAGGACUCAAUGGAUACCAUGAGUAAGUUGUCAUGUGCAAUGGUUAAUUAAAAGAUUCCAAGAACUCGAAACCAGAGGAAAGGCGAAGCUUCAUCACCUACAAUCCUACAGCGGUAGACCAUUAUAGGUUUGAAUUUUGUUUCAAUAAUAUAUGCACAAACUUCAAUCACCUUUUCCCAUUACUCAAUUAAAACAAAAGUAGUCAUACUUGAUCGAUUUUCUGGAAGCUCUGUAGUUGAUUGUGGAAUCAUCGACGACUGACAGACUGACCAGAUUGUUGUACGCGGAGAAGAAGAUGAAUUGGUUUCCAUGUUUCUAUAGCAGACUGAAUCCAAUUUGUCUGUGUUUGAUGCUCUACGGUGGAUCCUAUUUGUUCAGCUCCAUGAUUUCUACUGGCCGGAAAAGAUUACCGGAGAGAGGCUGAACGGAGUUAUGGGGAAGGGCUGAGGUAAUUAAUCUUUUCUCUAGCAUGGAUUGGUUUUGGCCCAAAAUCAUAACCAUAAUCGAGAUGUCAAUUAAUAAAUAACCAUAACCAUAGCCCGAUCAGUUAUGGCCUUUGCGGUUAAUCGGUUUGAAAGGUUAUAGCGAGUCGGUUAUAGGUUGGUUAACUGUGAGUUCGAGCCUAGUUAAAAAUAACUCAAAACAAUAUAACUGGGUUUUAUUUGAGCCUUAAAUUUUCUGACUAUGGAACAAAUUGUAUUACACAUUUGUAUGUAUUAUUAUAUUAUAUUAUAUAACAUUAAAAAAAAAAAACGUAUAAUCUGUUACUAUUUGGUUUUGGCAGCCAUAAUCAACCCACUAUUGUUGGUUAAUUCGGUUAUGGGUAGUUAAUUUGGUUUUCUGCAUGCCCCCCUCUGCUCUAAUGACAGAUUUAUUGUGUCAUUGUGAUUAGAGAAAAUUCAAUAAAAGAAAAGUCAAAAUGUUGUUUCAAAGUGAACAGGGACUUUUCUAUCAAUCUAAAAUUGUUCAAUUUUUCAAAGUUGUAGACCAAAAGAUGAGUCAAAAUUGCUAUAUAUCACCACCAUCAUCCAAAACUCUCAUCUUUAAAACACCACAACGAUGGAAAUUGGUUACAUGAUACUACUAUUCUCAUGUGUUUUGUUCUUGCUUCUGUCAUCUUGUGCAACACUAAACACCAUAUCUACAAAUCAAGUAAUCAAAGAUGGAGAUACAAUAGUUUCAGAUGAUAACAUGUUUGAACUUGGGUUCUUUAGCCCGGGAAGAUCCAAAAAUCGGUACGUAGGGAUAUGGUACAAGAAAAUAUCAACGGGUACUGUCGUAUGGGUUGCUAACAGGGAGACACCAAUCACAGAUAAAUCAGGCAUGCUCGAACUAAGCAGACAUGGAAACCUACUAAUUCGCAGUGGUGACAAUACAGUGAUCUGGUCAUCGAAUUCAGCAAUAUCGACGAUGCCGGUGGUGGUGGUGGUGCAGCUUCUGGAUACUGGUAAUCUCGUUGUGUGGGAUAGAAGUACCAAGAACGAAUGUGUAAUCUGGCAAAGUUUUGAUCAUCCUGGUAACACAUUCUUACCAGGAAUGAAAUUUGGAAAAGAUUUGGCAACAGGAAGAGAACGAGUUAUGAUACCAUGGAAGAGUGUAGAUGAUCCUUCACCAGGUGAAUAUUUACACUAUAUAGACACAAAUGGAUAUCCACAAAUGUUUGUGAGACAAGGUUCGGUUAUACGUUGGAGAUAUGGACCAUGGAAUGGUCUUAAGUUUCAAGGUUUACGCUUGAAAAACCCAAAUCCUAUUUACUCAGUUCAAUUUGUAAUGAACGAAAAGGAAAUAUAUUUUAAAUAUGAGAUUAAGUCUUCGGCUGUUCAAAGGGUCGUUGUGUUGCCAGAUGACAUCACAGUACGUUUGCGAUGGAUGGAUCAAACCCAAGAGUGGACUGUGCAUAAUAUUGAAGCACCGACAGAUAGUUGUGGUGGUUAUGGACUUUGUGGGCCAUAUGCAAGCUGCAACGCUAAUCGGUACCCCCCUUGUAGAUGUAUGGCAGGUUUUAAGCCUCAGGUCCUCGAUGAAUGGGAUAGAGCAAAUUGGUCAAGUGGGUGUGAACGUAAACGGGCUUUAGUUUGUGAGUGUGGGUCUGAGUUUAAGAAAAUUUCAGGAGUUAUAUUUCCGGAUACACGUGGUUCAUGGUAUAAUCAUAGCAUGACGCUUGAAGAAUGUGAGAUGGCUUGCAGAAUGAAGUGCAAUUGUACGGCUUAUGCAAAUUCAGAUAUCAGAAAUGGAGGAAGUGGAUGUUUGCUUUGGUUUGAUGAGCUUAUGGACACCACAGAGAAUGAUGAUAAGCAGGAUCUUUACAUAAAAUUGGCUGCCUCUGAGUUAGCAGGAAAGCAAGAUUCCCCAUCUAGCUUAAACAAGAAAAAAAGAGUAUUUACAGCGGUAUUUUUAACUACAUCUGUUGUGCUACUUCUAUUUAUGGUGGCAUAUGCUUGUAUAAAGAAACAGAAAAGGCUUCAUAUGAAAGAAAGAGAAGACAGGUAUGCCCUUGAUAAAAAGGAUAACAGCGUGUGGAUGGAAGAUCUUGACGAGCUACCUUUACUUAGUCUUAAUAAAAUAGUGAAGGCUACAGAUAACUUUAGCAUCAACAAAAAGAUUGGAGAAGGUGGAUUUGGUCCAGUUUACAAGGGUGUGUUGGAAGAUGGACAAGAGGUAGCUGUGAAGAGGCUCUCAGAAACAUCCCAACAAGGGAUUGAAGAAUUCAAGAAUGAAAUCAUUUGUAUUGCCAAACUUCAGCAUCGCAAUCUCGUGAAGCUUCUUGGAUACUGCAAUCACAGAACUGAACUGAUUUUAGUCUAUGAAUACAUGACAAACAAAAGCUUAGACUUAUAUCUAUUUGAUGAAACAAGGAGCUCGAUGCUUGACUGGCCAAAACGAUUUAAUAUUAUACAAGGGAUGGCUCGAGGUAUUCUUUAUCUACAUCAAGAUUCCCGCCUUCAAAUCAUCCACAGAGAUCUCAAGGCAGGUAAUAUUCUUUUAGAUGGUGACAUGAACCCCAAAAUCUCCGACUUUGGGCUUGCUAGAAAGUUUGUAGGAUCCGAUACUGCUACUAAGACAAAGAAAGUUGUGGGAACAUAUGGUUAUAUUUCUCCUGAGUAUGCGGUACACGGACGAUUCUCUAUAAAGUCUGAUGUAUAUAGUUUUGGUGUGUUGGUAUUGGAGAUCGUGAGUGGUAGGAAAAACAGAGAAUUCUCUCAUGAUGAUCAUAAUGACAACCUUCUUGGACAUGCAUGGAGACUCUAUAAACAAGGCAGAUCCAUUGAACUUAUGUGUGCAUCUUUACGUGCCUCUUGUGUCAUCCCUGAAGUGCUAAGAUCAAUACAUGUUGGAUUAUUAUGUGUGCAAAAUCAUGCAAAAGAUAGGCCAACUAUGUUGUCGGUGGUUUUAAUGCUGGUCAGUGAGAGUGUGUUGCCUCAACCUAAACAUCCAGCCUUUUACUCUGAGGAGAGCAGUAGUGAACUUGAGUCUGUUUCUUCAGUUGAUGGUUCCAUGAUAACACAUUUAUACGCCCGAUAGCAAGCAAAUGAUCCUUUCAGAUUUACAUAAAGCCGUAACAUUUUCCCAGAAGUUGCUGUAGCAAGAACAUUUUUAGUUGCAUUGUCAUACCUAUAGCAGUGUCAAAAUAUUCAUGCUAAUACAUAAAUCAAAUAAAGGAAUUUAAAAAA